UUCGUCCCCAACUACCACAAGCUCUUCUUCAUUCGAGACCUUCUACUGCCUGUUAUUCCUUGAUUGUGAGCUGAAGCCGACUUAUUGAUUUAACGUCGCCAAUAUUGGAGGGCCGGGAGUGCGCCAUGCUUGAGGAGCAAGACACUUGUAGGAUAUGCAGUGCUCCAGCCGAGCCUGGACAGCCGCUCUUUCAUCCAUGUAAAUGUUCUGGGACCAUUCGGUACAUCCACCAAGACUGCUUGACAACAUGGCUUGAGCAUAGCAAGAAGAAGACGUGUGACGUCUGCAAGCAUCAGUACUCUUUCAGCAAAGUGUAUGCCCAGGACAUGCCCACACAUCUCCCCGUCAUCCUCCUUUUCCGCCAAUUUGCACAACAAGCCGUUCACGCGGUCAUAUUCUGUUUGCGCGCGGUUCUCGUCGCAUUUGUCUGGCUUGCGGUCUUGCCCUGGUUCACGGUUUGGACAUGGCGAAUAUACUUCGCAAUGGGAAGCUCCACUGCAUGGUGGAUCUCUGCUCGUCCUCGGCCGGACCAACCCCAAAACAGAAGCAACGUAAUGACCACCGCCCUCCUCCGCCUCUUCUCCUUCAAUGGCACCAUCUCAUCCACCACUAACUCGACAUACUUGCUCCCCGACUACGCCUCCUCCACCGACUCUUCUCCAGUCAACAACGACCAUACCCCGUCCAUCAUGGAAACCAUCACAUCCGACAACUUCCUCCGCGUCAUCUCUAAAGAUAUCUUCACUGGUCAAAUUAUCGCAACCGUUGUCGUCCUUGUCUUCAUUUCCGUGUUCCUACUGAGAGAAUGGAUUUCGCAGAAUGCGAGACCGGGGGUGUUUGAGGAUGUGGAGCCGCCUGUAGAGGUGGUAGAAGGUGUGGAAGAAGGCGAAGGAGACGGCGAAGUUGAACUGGAGGGUGAAGUCGAAGGCGAACUUGAGGGCGAGGGCGGUGUUGAUGGUGAAGUGGAGGGCGAAGCACAGGUCGAACAGGACCAGGACGUAGUGCAGGAGCUUGAGCUUGAGCUUGAGCUGGACCAGGACCAGGACCAGGACCAGGAGACGGAGACGGAGACGGAGCAAAUAAAGGAGCAAUCUGGCCCCCUAGUGAGAUUCGAGCCGGAUGUAGAUCUCGACGCGGUAAUCGAAUUCAUGCGAGCAGCACCUAUCGUACCUCGUCACCCCGACCGACCCAUGCGAGGACUUCCCUUUCGCCAACGGACGCAUGAAGAUCCUAAUCCUGAUCCUUCGACAUCUACCGCAGCCCCGACAGGGUCAGCGAAUGGUCCCGACCCAUUGAAGUCUCGUUAUCGUCAGGGUUCCAAAGCGUCCAAGCAUUCUAAUGCGGAGGCCUUCACGGCAGCUAUGAAUGAGUGGAUUGAACAGAACAAGGAGAUCAGGAGGGCCAAGAAGGCUAGGGAGACCGAUCCUACGGUACCGUUCACGGACCACGAACGUGUUGGUGACUAUUUGGCAGCGAAGUAUCCGGUGAUGACCUUGAAGACCAAUCCUGAGGUAAGGGCGGCUUAUGACGACGAGACUGCGGCCAUGGAGCGCAUGACGAUGGAGGAGAAACUAGAGCAUAUCUCGGCUUGGACUAACUAUCAAGAAAGCUCGUCGAAGUAUAGGGAGCCGACUCUGCCAUCCACGUCUACAGCUGCCUCCCCUUCAACCUCAGCUUCGAGCGACUUCUUCGCCACCCCACCCAACGGCGCUGCGGCAGCUCGAAACGCAUUGCCAACUUCUCCAUUACCUUACCCCCUCAUUGCCUCCACCCCCUCCUCUUCAUCGUCAACUUUAGCAUUACCGCAACAACUUCAGAACCAAACACCGUCGUCUUCAUCUCCACUGGUCACAUCACCUCCUGUCCUCCCCUCCGCCUUCUCUCUGUCAAGAUCAAGCUCAUCACCCGAACUCACAUCGUCUUCAUUCUUCUCUACGCCUUCAUCUUCUUCGCCCACGCCUAGUUCGUCAUCACCACAACAAUCUCAGGCACCCCAACCCGUACCCAAUGGCGCAAGCGCUCUCAACCCCACUCCCAAACCAACGGAAUCCCAACCUCUCCCACUUCCUCCAAGACCCACAGGAAUGACUAUCCCCGUCCCUCGCCGUCCUCCCAUGCCAUACGCGACGCUCCCGACUCCAACGACCCCACCCAUCGGACCCGGUGUGAUGCGAGUUCCAGCGAUUGGGGCUGCCGGUAACGAUAAUACGCCAUUGGGAUCACCAUCGCUCGCUACAUAUCGACCGCCGGAAGAGUUCAAGGAUGAUGAUGUGGAGGAGGGAUCUGCGUUGUCGUCGGCGUCUAGAUCUGGACCGGGGUAUUUUGACGGUGUUGAGGAUGCUGAGGGGCAGGGUGUGGAUAAGGGCAAAGGGAAAGCAAAAGACAUAGGGGAGGAGAAAGACAAGGGGAAGGGGAAAGAUAGGGCGGAGGAGGGAGAUGAAGAAGGAGAAGAGAUGCGGAGAGAACACGCGAGGUAUUUCAGAGAGGUGGAGGCGCAGGGGGAGGGUGAGAAGCGGGGGAAUGGGGAGAGUACGUGGGUUUGGUCAGAUGAAGGGUUUACGCGAAAUUCGGGUUUUGUCCCUGGUGUCAGGCUAGAGGACGUCAUGGUUGAGGAUGGUGGUCCAGUGCGUACCGCAGGGACAGCACGAAACCACAGAGGAGGAGACGAAGGCCCACCUCCUCUAAUCUUCGUACCAUCCGAUUCAGAAGAGGACGAUGAAGGGGACGAAGAAGAUGGGGCUGUGAGGGGCUUAGAGCCUAUUGCGGAUGCCCCCGUCUUUUGGGCCCGGCCUCAAGGAGGGCAGCUCGUGCCCAUUAGGGAUAGAGGAGAAAUCAUCGGGGUUGGGGAGAGGAGGCCGUUCGCUCCCGCCAGGGAGAGGGCAGCUUUCGUGCCUGGGGGUAGGUUGCAUCAGCUUGGUGCUGGGAUUCCUCCGGGUGGGGAUGCGAGGUUAGGGAAUGCGGGGUUCGCGCCGAUACUGCCAGCGGAGAUACCGGAGGCAGUGGGGGAGGGAGAGCAGGGUGUGCAGCCGGAGUUUAUGGAUGAUGAGUUUGCGGGGGAGGAUGAUAUGGAGGGAGCGUUUGAGGCUAUUGGGAUGAGGGGUCCUUUGCAUGCUGUGGCUCAAAACGCUGCACUUAUGGUCUUCGUCCUGGAUACUGCCAUCGGUCUUGGAGUCUGGGUCCCAUACACUCUUGGAAAAUCUGCUGCGCUGCUUGUUCUCGACCCAAAGCGCGCACUCCAUAUUCUCCAUUGGCCCAUCCGCAUCAUGCGCAUCAUCACGGAUCCUAUCACGGAUUCUGUCCUCUACAUCCUCAACAAGCUCUUCUUCCCGAUCAUCUUCCGCGCGGUUCGUUAUGUGCUUUAUUCCGUUAUCUGGUCCAUUAUUACAUUAGUGAACGCUGCGGCGGGGCCCGAGCCUGUAGACAAACUCACGGAAUACGUUGGAGCUGUCCACGAGAGGGUCGUAAAUCAACCUUGGGACCAGCCUCUUACUAUCUGGCAAGCAUUCUCCAACUCGACAGCCCGGGUCGACAUCGACACAUCCGCCAAAAUUCACACCUCCUCGAUCAUCGAACAUAUCCUUGAAUCCGACCAUCCUGCCGUCCGCUUCGCUGAACCCUAUCUCGCCCUCCUUGGUCAAAAAGUCAGGAUUAAAUCCGAGGAAUUAACAGAGGCGUCGGUCGAGUAUUUCGAGGAGUUCAAAGAGACCUGGACGAAGUACGCGCUCGGAGACGGAAAUGCGGAGAAGAUCUUCGCUGUUUGUCUUGGGUAUACAGUCGUCGCGUUGGCGUUGGCGAUCUAUUUGAAUGUGUUGACGGUGGGGAGUGUGAGGAACGCUGGAAGGGCGGUUAGGAGUGCGGUCAGGCAGCAAUUACUCGUUGUGAAGGUCGCCGUGUUCAUUAUUAUCGAGCUGGUCAUCUUCCCGCUGGGAUGUGGUAUCAACCUCGACUUGUGCUCGAUUUGGCUCUUCCCAGAGGCUACGCUCCAGUCGCGUCUGGUGUUUUUCCAGUAUGCGCCGUUGACGGCGACGUUCUAUCAUUGGGUUUUAGGGACAAUGUUCAUGUAUCAAUUCGCGAUUCUCCUGGCUGGAUGCCGCACCAUCAUGCGUCCGGGCGCGAUGUGGUUCAUCAAGGACCCCUCGGACCAGAACUUCCAUCCUAUUCGCGACAUACUCGAACGUCCUGCGUGGGUGCAGUUGAAGAAACUGUCGGCGAGUGCGUUGAUGUAUGGGUUGGUAGUUGCGGGUGGCGUCGGUUCAGUGGGAGCUCUGUUCUGGGCUGCUGGUAUACUGCCGCUGCGUUGGAGACCUCGGGAGCCAUUAUCCGAGGUCCCGAUCGACCUCAUCCUUCUACAGACGAUUCUGCCUUACACCAUGAAGUACUUCCGCCCGAAGAAGUUCAUCCGUCGGCAUUCUAUCAACAUCUGGAAAUUCCUCUGUGCUGAGCUCCGUCUGAGCUCUUACAUGUUCGGCGAACGUCAUCCAGAGGAGGAGUUCACGCCCAAGCAGUGGCGCUCCUUCUCUUGGCGCGAUGCUGGCAUCAAGCUCGCAGAUGACGAACAACCCCUCGACGGAACCUACCGCCGCGUCCCUGCCACAGAUAAUGUCGCCAUUGCCCGCGAUAUGAGGGUUACCGCGCAGGUUAAUAUGAACGGCGAUGCCAUCGACGAAGAAGCUCAACGACAAAUCGACGCUCAAAAUGCAGAGGCCAUCAAGCAGAAGAGAGUCCCCAAGGACGACUACACCGUAGUCUACAUCCCGCCACACUUUCCCUAUCGCGUCAUAGGCUUCAUACUCGCCCUCUGGACCGUCGGCUCGUUCUUCAUCGCCGGCACCGUUGCCAUGCCUAUCAGCCUCGGCCGCCAAAUAUUCCGUGCAUUGGUCGAUAAGGAGGUGCACGAUGGAUACUCUUUCAUCCUUGGAUUUUAUGGACUUUGGGCGAGUCUUUAUGUCGGUCAGAUCAUCGACCGUAUGGAACGAAGACGUCAAAGGUGGACUACCUCUACGUCUGGCAGUCCCGUCACGGUCAACCGUGCAGCUUGGCCGCUUUAUGUCGUCAAACGGAGUCUCGUAUGGGCGGCGAAGACGAGCUACAUGGUGGCGGUCCUCGGCGUCGUGGUUCCGGUGUUGGUGGCGAUGGUCGUUGAGGUGUAUGUCGUGCUCCCGAUCAGGUUCAUCUUGGAACCAGAGCUAGUGCCGAGGGUGAAGGUGGUGCAGAUGUGGGCGUUGGGGAUAUUGUAUGUCAAGAUCGGAUUAAGGGCGCAGAGAAGGCAGCCGGCGAAUAGGUUAACGACGGGGUUGAGGGAGAUCCGACAGCAUGGAUGGAUGGACCCUCAUCCCCUGCGUGCUACGAGGGAUGUCAUCGUUCCCGUUUUGUCGGGCCUGAUUGGCAUGCUCGUCAUUCCUCCCGUAACGCUUUACCUCGUUCAACUUGCCUUCAAGUUCACCUUGGACGAUAGGUUCAUACUCCUUCACGUGUAUCCAAGCAUUUUCACAGCUGUCGGUGUCUCCCAAAUGAUCUGGUUCCUUGGCGGUUUCCUCAAGACCUGGUCACAAUCGAUCCGGGACAAAGAAUUCCUCGUGGAGUUACAAUUGAAGAACUACGAAGCAAAGAAGAAGGUGUCCAGCGCGAAGGAGCGGGAGCUGUAUAUCUUAACGAGGCAAGCCAAAAUCAGGGCGCAGAGGGCGGCUGCGGCUGCGGCUGCGAACGGUUUGAUAAGGCCAGAGAGAGGGGUCGGGAUCGCGGAUGCGGUCGUUAUUCAGCCAGGUAAUGGGGCUGGAGAUGGGAAGGAUCCGCAGAGGAGGAUGGGGAGGAUGAGGGCUCAUACGAUUACGUCGACUGUCACCGCGGGCGCUGGUUCAAGUACAAGUCCUGCUGCUAGUCCGAGUACAGAGGUCCCGAAUGCGGUUGUAGAUCCAGACAGAGCAGCGGAAGACGCGGUAGAAGGUGAAGGCGCAGGCGGGAUUGCGAUCGAGGAAGAGAGGGAGGCCCCGCCAAUGGGGAUGAGUCCAGAUGUGGGGACGAUAGAGGUGAAUGUGGCGAAAGAGGUGGAGGUUGUGAUCGAGGAGCAUCCGAUGGAAGAGUUCGGUGGCGAGGAGUAUGACGAUGUCUUGGACCCAGUUUGGAACACCACUUAAAACAGUAGUGUCAAUUACUUUUGUUCGCUUCGUUGCGUCUGGUACAGCUGUUAAGCUCGAGGAUUCGGAACAUGUUUUGACCUCCAUUUUAUCCUAUUCUUGCUCUUUCUUGCAUAGUCGAACUAUUCUUGUCAAUCGUACGUACGUGUCUGCCCAAUUCACUCCUCAGUUCCCGCAUAUGUUUUGGUCAUCUUCGUCCUUACUUUCUGAUAUCUAUUUCCCUACAUCUGUUUGUGGUAAUCUUCGCAUUCUAUACGCACACAACACAACUCAUUACUGGUAUAAUAUACACGCAUUCG